AUGAAAGAAGAUUGGAAACAUGAAAUCAGUCGUCUGCAGAGUCUGCUUGGCAAUGUUGAGCACAACCGCUCGAUUCUGAGCUUGCUGCAGGAGCGGCUGGACAUGCUCGAUCAUGCCCUAAAUCUGUCCACCAGCACAGCUGGCGAACUCGAUGUUGGCUUGGUGGCCCAGAUUGAUUCAGUUUUGAAUGACUGCUUGGCACUGGUCCAAGAGCACACUGACUUGUGCGGUAAGAGUUGGCUAGUGCAGAUGAAGGCAUACUGUUCACACCUAAAGAGCCGGGUGGUGGCAAACAGAGUGCAAUUGUUGAACAAACGGUUGGAGAUGUGUGCUCGCACUUUGCAGGCACUUUGCCCACAAGAGACCACUGGGCCAACAUGUGCUGAGGGUGGUGACGAUGGGCUGCAUGGUGACUGCAGUAGGUCUGCAAUAGAGCAGGUAGAAGAGAUAACGGUGGAGAUGGAGGAGAACUGCAAUGGUCUGUUCUUCCUUCAAAAGCUGAGGGGACAGGUAGGGCAUGAGACUGAGGUGGCAGAAUUGGAGUCUGGCUUGCAGAAGCUUGAGACACAGUUGAGUUGGAGCCUGAGCAUAAUUGAAUGGUCUGACGAUGGUCAGCGUCGGGAGGUUGGCACUGGACGGCUUGGUCGGGUGUACCAUGGCAAGUUCAAAGGACAGGAUGUUGCCGUGAAGGAGCUCCCCAGAGGCAACGUUCUGGAGCGCGCUGAGAACAUUGCGGAGUUUGGCAGUGAGAAUGCAUUCCGCAUCAGUCUCCAGCACAAGAACGUGCUCCAAGUGUUGGGUGCAAACCAUCGCAUAGAGCCGCCUUUCAUCGUCAUGGAGUGGGCAGAGAAAGGUAGCCUGCACUCGUUUGACACCACAUCAUUGUCGUGGAGUGACAAGGUGGAGCUGUCGUUGCAAGCGGCAAGGGGCUUGAACUAUCUGCACAUGAUGCAAAGAACCCACCAUGACCUGGCAAGUGAGCAUGUGCUGGUUGGGGCUGACCCAGAGACCACCAGCGGCUAUUCAGUAAAGAUCGCGGGCCUGGGCAUGACAUCCACAAGGAACACGACAACAUGCCUAACAAACUGGCGGAGAAGUGGAGCGUCUCCGCUGGCCCCUCCAGAGUUCUCUGCUGGAGAGACAAAGGGACGCAGGACUGAUGUUUUUCAGUUCGGGGUUGUACUGUACGAGCUAGCUGGCACGCGCCCGACUGUUGAACGUGCUGUGGAGCUCACCAAGGAGUGCUUGGAGAAACACUUUUGCGUGCCCAUAGACUGCCCUGCUGGUUUGAAGGAGAUCAUGGCAGAGUGCUGUUCGGCCGAUCCUUUCAGAAGACCGACCAUGAUGCAGGCUGAGAUACGUUUGGAUGCUCUGUUUUACAGUCUUCUUGACGUUGAACAGGCCAUCCGCCAUGAUUCAAAGCGGCUCCAGUCCAAGGUGUCUGAAUGCGAGCUGCACUGUGAAGAUGUCAUAUAUAACCAUAACAUCAUGAAAUUUCUGCUUGAGCAGAUGGUGCAGCUGCCAAGUGCCACCCUUCCAAAAGCACCAGUAUUGCAUGAAUGGAAGGAGUCAUACAACCGUUUGCUGGCUGAGGCAGUCAGACCAGCGAAGAAGAUGAUCUGUAGGCAUGGGAAGUUCGAUCUGGAGAGGUACUACAAGGUUGAUGCUGCCAAAACCUGUGCGGAAAUAUGCUGCGACCAGAUCAAGAUGUUUGCUGCACGUUGGGAGCUGAAUGUCGAGAUUUCUUGCACUGUACCCGAGAAAUUCUUGAAGGAGGACAAAGCGUUUUGGAAUGCUUGCCUGGCUUUCGUUGUGGAAGGCGGAGACUUGCUGCUGGAGGGAGUUGCAGCAUCAAAGCGCGAGGCAGUGCUGCACAAGUGGGGCCAGGCCAAAUCACAGCAUGAAAAACACAUGUCCAAAUUGAGAGUGGUAUCUGAUCGGGAGGUAACAGUAGGCCACGAAAUUGGUGUAGGGCAGUUUCCUGUCUAUGAUGGUGAGCUAUCAGGGUGCGGUGUUGCCAUCAAGAAAUGCACAUCAGGUGAUAGGGCUCUGGGUCACGAGGACCUGUUGAAAUUCAUGAAUGAGGCUUACACCCAGGCAUCGCUGGAUCACGAUCACUGUGCGAAUUUGAUCGCAGUCACCAAGUCGGGCUGGAUGAUCAUGGAAUUGGCCCAGUGCAAUUUGCAGCAGUGGUAUAGGAAGAUGACCCUAGACUUGGAAGCAAAGAUCAGAAUACUGCUGCAAUCGGCAACAGGGCUGGAGCACAUGCACAGUAGAAGCCCACCUGUGACGCACUGUGACGUCAAGACUACCAACAUUCUGAUUUUUGAGUGCCAGGAAGACCCGUCAAGGUGCGUUGCAAAGAUUGCUGAUUUUGGGCUGUCGAAGGCCUUCGGGGAGACAGCAAAGACGACGGAGAGGGAGCACGGCGGGACGCUUCUGUACAGGGCGCCGGAGUUGUUGGAUGGGCAACGCCCCUCCGUUGAAGCCGAUGUUUUCAGCUUUGGCGUUGUCAUGUACGAGCUGAUUUCUCAAGAUCAACCAUAUGGCUAUGUGAGGACGGACGUCGGCUUGAUAGGGAAGAAAAUACAUGCGGAAGCUCCUUGCAGGAUCCCUCCAAAUUGCCCACCUGCAUUGUCGCAUUUGAUGGACAGGUGCUGUGCCUUCAGGCCUGGAGCCCGACCAUCAAUGCAGGAAGUGAAAGCUGCCUUGUUGCACAUGAGUGCACCAUGA